AUGCCCGACCCGACAAGUGCUCGUAACGAGCAGGACGAAGUCGGAGGGCAAAAGUUUAACAUGGGGACGCAUAUGCAUAUUGAGUUGAAGCCAGUGCGAUGGGUCCCAGCAGCCGUUCCGAAUGCUCCCGAAGAUAUGCACGGUCAGUCGUGGCCCCUGGUCCCUUGCUAUCCGGCCGCUGUGGCUGUGACAGGGCAACUCGUCCAUCGGCAAUCUACCCAGGUCUCACAGGACAAAUUCUGGAACAGGUGCGGAUAG